CUGCACCUGACCCACCCACCCACCACCCCAGGGUGUUUGUCCUGAACGCUGGGAGCAGACAGGGGAGAGACGGUAGAGAAGUCCAGGGCUGACGGAGGAGAGGCGAGCACCAAGGCGCCGUUGGGGACGAAAAAGGAUAGCAGGGGGAGGACGAGGAGAACACACCGAGCAGAAAGGGGAAGCCAUACAGCCAGCAGGAGUUGUCUGAAGGAGGAGUGUUGACGUCUAACCGAAGAUGAGUUCGUACACAGUGACUCUGAAUGGCCCAGCUCCAUGGGGCUUCAGACUACAGGGUGGAAAGGACUUCAACAUGCCACUCACCAUCUCCAGGAUAACUCCGGGCAGCAAGGCAGUUGGCGGCAGCCUGGCCCAAGGCGACAUCAUCUCAGCCAUCGAUGGGGUCAGCACUGAGGGAAUGACGCACCUGGAGGCCCAGAACAAGAUCAAGUCUGCCGUCCACAAACUGUCACUCACCAUGCAGAAAUCAAGACGUCCUGCACCAGUUCCUACAGCAACUCCAAGAAUGGAUUCACCCAUGCCAAUCAUCCCCCAUCAGAAGGUCAUCGCCAACACAGCUGCAACUGUGGAGUACACUCCCAGCUUCAACCCCAUCGCCCUGAAAGACUCUGCCCUCUCCACCCACAAGCCCAUUGAGGUGAAGGGUCCAGGAGGAAAAGCCACCAUUGUUCACGCCCAGUACAACACACCAAUCAGCAUGUACUCACAGGACGCCAUCAUGGAUGCCAUCGCAGGGCAGUCGCAAGCCAAAGGACAUGACAGUGAGGAGGCCGGCUCCCCCUUAGCUGGAGCUCUGCCAGUCAAGGACCCUGUGGUGGACUGUGCGUCUCCGGUUUACCAGGCAGUAAUCAGGCCAGGAGAGGUACCCCAGGAUAUGUCUGAAUGGGCCCGUCGUGCUGCCAACCUGCAGUCUAAGAGCUUCAGGAUCCUGGCCCACAUCACUGGCACUGAAUACCUGCAAGACCCAGAUGAGGAAGCCCUUGCGAGGUCAAGGGAGAGGUUUGAGUCGGAGGUGAAAGGGCCCCGCUUUGCCAAGCUGAAGAACUGGCACCAGGGGCUGUCUUCACAGAUCCUGAACGUCCAGGAGUAAAGACGAGCAGAAGAACAAGUGAAAGAAGGGACAUGUUAACCAGGAAAUGGACAAAAGCACAGGAGUUAACAGGAAAAAGGGGAUAAAUUAUGGAGGGAAAAAAGGAGGAGGAGAAGGAGGAGGAAACUCCUCAGCAAUGUGAGAUAGUUUUGUAGUCUAGAUUAGUAGAAUGUGAGAUACUAACUGUUAGCGUAAGAAUGCUAUAUGUUCAUUAGCUCAGUGUUAUCUGUCAACAUGUAUCUGUCUGCUGCUAAGACCUGAUUAUGCAUUUGGGUUUUUCUUGUUUUUCCUCUUUUUUUUGUUUGUUUGUUUGGGUUCUGUCUCUAAAAUGAAAAUUGUACAAAAAUACUUAUUCAAGCUGAGAUGCAGAACUAAAUAUGUUUCUUUUAUGCCCUACAUGAAGUAGAGUACAUAAACCUCCUUUAAAAACAUGUUAAUUUUAACUUUACAAGCAUGUUUGUGAGAAGGCACACAAGGAAAAACACAUAGAGAUGUAACUACAUGCACAAAUACAGUAUGUUAAAUAUGCACUCAAAAAUGUACUGAUAUCAAUGUGAAUAAAUGUUUUCUUUAAACCGGA